AUGGCUUCAUCGGAAAUGAUUGAUUCCGGGAGGAUGGGUUCAGGUGGCGGCCAGAAGUCAACUUUUGCUCAGACUUGCAGUCUGCUCAGUCAAUACUUGAAGGAAAAAAAGGGCAAUCUCGGAGAUCUCAGCCUCGGUCUUAACCGGAGUUUCGACCCUAAUACUACUAAUGAUGGUGUUCCGGCUAAGACUAUGAAUUUACUGCCCAUGAUUGAGAGAAACAGCCCCGAGGCUCCGGUUCCGGCGGCCGGUAGGAAGAUUCCGGCUAUGCCGGCGAAUCUGUUCCCUCAGCAAGCCGGUUUCGGCUCUGCUUUUCCUAAAGAAGAGGCACAAAAGAAGGCUGACUUGAGUUUGGUGAAGACCGAACCGGAAACUACAGCUCCAAUGACAAUCUUCUACGGCGGACAAGUCAUAGUGUUUAAUGAUUUUCCGGCGGAGAAGGCCAAGGAAAUCAUGCUUAUGGCCAGCAAGGGAAUUAGCUCCCUGAAUUCUGUCAACACUUUCACCACCACCAACAUGGUCCCAAGGCCCACUGUUUCUCCUCCUGCUGUUGCCCAUUCGGUUUCCCCUGCUUCCAGCUUUAUCCAACCCAGUUUUGGCCCUGAGACUAUUGCUUCAAGACGACCCCUCCAACCCAGCAGCGUUAAUGAUUUGCCCAUUGCAAGGAAGGCUUCUCUCACAAGGUUCCUGGAGAAACGCAAAGAUAGGAUCACUGCGAAAGCUCCAUACCCAGUGGGAGCUGCCUCUUCUAAGGCAGAGGAAAGCAAGGCCGCAUGGAUGGGUUUUGGUGCUCAAUAUCCAGCUCAAAUGGAGCGCCAUUGA